ACCAAGUUGUCUUUUAUGUUGACAGGCUUCUUAACUUAGUUCAUCUUCUGUAGACUGGACCGACCUACGGCAGAAAAUUGAUGACUGGCUACCUGGCGACUAAAGGAGUUUUUGCUGCGGAGAAUCGUGUUGGACGAAUUCUACGUGGAAUUGAAAGACCCUACCAUGAAGCGAGAGACAGGGGUCUGCGGAACUUUAACCCAGUGCCCUACCAUGCUGCCUAUAUGGGUCAUAAACUCCAUUUAGAUCAAAACGAAAAAUUAGCAAUGUUUGGGGUGACCCAUGUUAUUGCAGUGGAUGGGUACAGUAGCAAAGUCGUGGCUCAUGCAACAAUGCCAGUGAAGAAUAACCUCACCAUUUAUGAGGAAGUCUAUAGGACUGCUGUUGUCAACCACGGGAUGUGGGACCAGGUGAGAGUCGACUACGGCAAGGAAUUCUACUUGUCUCUUUUUAUUCAGGAAAUCCUUGCUCCCCAUAGGCACAAUCAGGACAAACCACCAUACUGCCAAACCACAUCAACAAAGAAUCAUAAAGUUGAGCGGAUGUGGCCUGAAGUAAACAACAGGGUCAACUACCCACUGAAGGAGGCUCUGAUCAAUCUGACUGACCAAGAACUUCUCGACAUGGACUGUAACAUCAGCAGAUACUGUGUGUCUAACUUGACUGGUCAACUUUGUCGUCUUGGUAUGAACAGACUUGUGGAUGCCUGGAAUGAACACAGAAUCCCUGGAAAAGGUGUCCCCAAUCAACUUGCAGGGAGUGGGUGCCCUAAAAAGGUCUCACAGGUCUUACUGCCUCCGGCACCUGAAGCAGCCAACCUUUACGCUGAGGAACUGGGAGGCACCCUAACAAGAGAGUCGUCAUUUGGAACAGACCCCUUUUCAACAGAAGAAGAGAAGGCUACGGUUGAACGUCUUUUUGCUGAAACUUACCCUGACAUGGCAGAUCUGUUCAACAGCGCAGUUAACAAAAAUCUUUCACCUUUUAAAGAUGCAGUGAUCUAUCUUAUUAACUUAACUAAAAGACAAGCAUAGUAAGGUCAUGUAUGUAACUAUCCCAGUCCUAGGGUUGUUACUGUAAACAUUUAAGUAGCACUAUAACAAAACAACGUUUAACUGAACACUGUAACUCAAACUUAGAUCCACUGAUGCAGCACUUAAUCCACUUUUAUGAUAUCCUUUAAGGCUAACAAUGCCUCAGACAGACCAGUGACAACAAUCACAUUGGCUCUGAAGUUUUCCUCUCUACACUUCACACACUGCGAUGCAUUUUGAAGCCACUGGUCAAUGCAGACCUUGCAUCCUAGGAGGGUUUUACAGCAGGCGGAAAGAACUGGCUCACUCACUGGCCUUGCAAGAUAGGCAUGAGAGAUAAAUGAACAAACUCCACUAUAGGUUUUGUUGACAGUUUUAUAGAGCAGUUUAUAAGUGUAAAAUAUCUGCAUACCCUUGCACACAGUACAGUUGAAAGCAGCUUGCACGUGCUCUGCCUGUGCUUCUGUCAAGAUGUAUGUCACUCUUUCACUGAUGGCCAGCUCAGAUAGCCUUUUAAUUGUCAAGGUCACAAUUGACCUUGGAAGACUCUGGGCAGCAAGUAUCACCUCUUCUAUCUUUUCAUAGAUGUCCUGCAGGCCUGCAGUUUCAUCCUCUUUUCGACUUAAAAAAAAAAAAAAGACUUAACAUAGUCAGAUAAUUUGUUUUGUGUAAUUUAAAUGAAGUACUCUGUUUAAUAUUUAAGGGGAGCUACCUUGAUCUUCUUCGUUUGCCACUCUGCAAUUCCACAAACUCGUUCUCUGCUACAGCAAGGACUUUGCGGGCAUUCUGCUUCCAAUAGAUGGAACCUGUGGGGUGGGCACAAUCAUUAGUACUUUUCAAUAAUAAUAGGAAAUGCACAGGACAUUCAUAAUAUACAAAUGAGGUGUUGACCAUUAAUGUUGUACCUUCUACAAAAUAGAAUUGACCUAAUAGUGUGUUUAGAAUGAUUUCAGCAGUGUUUACACUUAAAACAAAGCGUGUUUCCUCUUGGGACUGGGUAAUAUGCGGCCUGAGGAAACGGUUACUAGUUAAAUGCUUUACAAAAUCCGAAUAGUAGACUAUCAUUCAUGAAUAUGUCUGUUACAUACUCUUUUCUUUCAAGUAUUCUUGAUGUCCACUGUUUCUACCUUCAUUUAAAAAAAUAGACUUUGUUAUGGCACUUUCACACAAUGUUGGCAGAAUUAACCUGUUUUCAAAUAGAUGAUUUUACACUCAAUGUAUUUUAAGUAGCAAAAUGACUUUGCAUAUAGGCUAUACAUAAUAAAAUGAGGAUUCAGCCGGGAAAAAAACCCACUAAUACCAUUUUGAUAACUUUUGAUUUGAUACAAAUUAUAGUUGGAUCUUUAAUGUGCACAAUGUUGAGUUUAUUCUGUGUGUAGGGUUAGUUAAAUAGAUUGGACUGUAGAUAACAGAAAACAUGGGGA